GGAAGUAGGAAGAGGAGCGGGGACGGCCGCGGCGGAGGUGGCGUUGUGGUCUCCCUAGUGCGGUUCAAAGACGCGGCGGCUUCCCAGGUGCGGAGAUGGCGGAGAAGUUUGACCACCUGGAGGAACAUCUGGAGAAGUUCGUGGAGAACAUCCGCCAGCUCGGCAUUAUCGUCAGCGACUUCCAGCCCAGCAGCCAGGCGGGGCUCAACCAGAAACUGAAUUUUAUUGUGACUGGCUUACAGGAUAUUGACAAGUGUCGACAGCAACUUCAUGAUAUUAGUGUCCCUUUAGAAGUUUUUGAAUAUAUUGAUCAAGGCCGCAAUCCCCAGCUGUACACCAAAGAGUGCUUAGAGAGGGCCCUAGCCAAAAAUGAACAAGUUAAAGGCAAAAUUGACACUAUGAAGAAAUUUAAAAGCCUGUUGAUUCAAGAGCUUUCUAAAGUGUUUCCAGAAGACAUGGCUAAGUACCGAAGUAUCCGGGGUGAAGAUCAUCCCCCCUCUUAAAUAGGUUGCUUUCAUUGUGUCCAAAGAAGCCUGUUUACAACUUUCACUGAAUUGUCAUGUCUUUUUGAAAUGUUUGUCUGAGGGUAUAAUGCUUAAGAUGAAAGUGUUCUUGAAAUGUGAAAUGUGAAUCUCGAACAGUUAUUUCAAGACCAUUACAUUUUUCCUCAAGACCUUUGUGUUUCAAAAGAACUCUCACUGGACAUUGGCGCCUUCUCUUCGUUAUACAGGAUAUGUAUAACCAGCUGUCAUUUCUUUUUCCAUGAAUAGUACUUCUUAGGACUAAAAUGAAACUUUUUAUUGUCAAGUGCCAGAGUAUUAAUGGUUCAUAAUCUCUUCAAUGUGAAUUGACAUUGGGUGGGGAAAUUGUACACAGGAUAAAACGUCACCAUGGGAAAUGACUGUCAUUGUCAACUUGUUUUUUUACAUGGCCAAGCAUAGUUUGGUGGAAGACUUAAAAAAUUGACCUGAUGGUGGUUUUUUCCUUUGUGUACUUUCCAUUCCAUUUUUCAUUGUAAAAAGUUGGGGGUCCGUUGUAGAGGUGGCUUACAUGUGAUAAUGUUAUUUGUAUUUUGUACAGUUUAACUUUGAUGUGUAACUGAAGUUUUUAGUGUAACUGUAUUUACGUUUACUUUAGUUAAGCCAAGUAUAUGUAAUAAAAUAUUUCCAGAUA